AGCAUACGUAUUUCUAUUGUUUUGUACAUAAACCACUUAUCGGGAUAAAAUGUGACCUUAUCAUGCAAUUUAUUUAUAUUGCAAUUAAUUGGACGUGGGUAUUCAGUGGCCGCGGAAGGGUGGGUGUGGACAGAGGGACAAUGUCCCCACGGUUGUUUGAUGUCCGGAUCAUCUGCCCAUCUUAUACAAACCCCUAUCCUGCAAUGUUAAUGUCCCCACGGCUUCCGCGGCCACUGUCACCAGUGCAUGACUAAUAAGUAAAAAUUGGGCACACCUGCACCGAAUACGUGCCACACCACCUGCAAUUAAUUAGUGACCACUCUUUGGGGGCAUGAUCCCGAUAAUAAAGGACAAUCAGGCCAUGGUUUCUGUCCUCUGGAGUCACGUAAUCAAAAAUUACAAGCAUUAGCGAGGGAGGAUUUUAAAUGAUACGCAUAUUAAAAUAUUUAAUAAAUGAUAACAUUUACAUUUACAUUUUUUUGUAGUACAGAUUAACAUUUUUCUCUGAGAAUUUUAUUCGACAUGUGACACGAUGACGAUAAAAAUAGAAUGUGUAUGUACGUAUUUUCGUAAUUAUGAUGGCGAAUUGGUCAAUACAGGGUCAGACUUUUUGGCGAACCUUUAAAAUAUGUCAAAUUAAUUUUGCAAUCUGUGUGUUGUCAUUUCUCACGAAAACAGUGAUGAUGAACGUUAAAAUUACUACCAUAAAUACAUGGUGUAAUUGAUUUAUGACUAGUUAGCAUGAGGAACAUUGGGCAUUGACAGUGGCCGCGGAAGCGGUGGGGACAUCUGGGGACAUUCCCAUUACAGGAUAGGAGAGGGCGGGGUUUAUAUAAGAUGGGCAGAUGGUGCGGACAUCGAACAACCGUGGGGACAUUGUCCCUCUGUCCCCACACUUCCGCGGCCAUUGAUGAUGGCAGCAAGGGUACAUUGUUCCCGCAGAAAUUCAACAAAAUCGCACCUUUCCCAUUUUAGUAAGUCUGUCAUCCUUCAAUCCAACAAAGCUAAUGCCCCCCCCAAAGUUUAGACCGAAAUUGUAUAAGUGGCACGUCAAAAUAAAAACAAACGGAAAAUAAAUAAUAAUAUUUAUUGGAGCCGUUCACUUCAGUAAAAUCUCACAUGUUUUCUUCCUCCACUCCGAAAUAGUCCGAAAUCUAUAAUGGAUUUCGAAAACAAUGGAGAAAACAAUGUACGAUAAUCCAUUGUUGACUCCAUUGUUUGUAUCUAAUCAUUCCAAAUUCGCCUUUCAUGGACAACUUUACGAUCAAACGCCCGAAAGACUUCAUCGUCAUUUCGUCAUCAUAUCAUCAAUCAUCAUGUUCUGCUCCGAAUCCGAUUUUUUAAAUCAAAAGUUUCACCCACCACCGACAACAAUUGAAAAUUUCUACCACUCAAAAUGAUAACAAGCUCGGUACGAUCUCCGUUUUGAUGGAAAAAAGGCCGCGGUGCCAUAGUCACUCAACCUGAUUUAUCAACAAACAAUGGAAUUUUGACAAAAAAUGUCAAGUUUCCAGAAAAUUUACCAUCACACUCUCGAACGAAACGUUCCAAACUUAUCGAUAUUACACAAAACUAACAGUCUUCCGUCUGACCCAGAUUGUGUAUGGCGCCUAUUUCGCGACCCCUGUUUUCCACCACGACCUUGGCGACGUUUGUCCUCCUUCUAGUGACCGUGCAAGUCGGCGACGUUUCCCCCCAACUGUACACGUAUCUGGAGGACCUCGCCAAGAUCUGGGACCUCCCCCUCUUCAACAUUGAUCCAGACAACAUUGACCUCGACAGGAAUCAAGGUGACGUUAACGAUAACAUUGAAAAAUUCAGACUUGUCACCUGCCUCGCCAAAGUUCCGGCGGUUGCCACCAACUCCUUCCAUGACGGGAAGUGGAUGAUGGAGUGGUACGACUUUUUCCGCAGCGACCACGAGGGGAAUUUUAACCCACAUUAUUUCUGCGCCAACGUCCCCAAUCCGCGACUUAAGGUGGACAGAGAUCUAAAGUUACAACCUGAUCGGCCGGAUAAGGUUUCAAAGGAUGCUGGUUACCGGACACCCCACUCUCGCUUCUGGUUGGGAGAGCCCACUGCUUGGAACUGGUUUCCGAGAUGGAGCAUGUCCGGCUUGUCGAUGGGCGAAGUCAUCCACAUGGCGAAACACAACGAGAACGAUAACUACCCAACAGGGUACAUCUUCCGCGUGGACGUUACCGGAAUCAAGAGCAGGGGGAGGUUUCUCAAGGGCUGGUUCCACCUCAAAAUCACGUUGGACGUGGAUCACAACGUCUUCACGCUGAACGCCACCAGCCCUGUCCCGGUCAUAGAUCGCAAGCGCGUCGCUGAAGUUCUGAACAACAGUGUGGUUGACAAGUUGAUGGUUACGGCGCGAGGAAGGAUGGCCACCUCGGGGAAACCGCGCGCCAUAAACGUACAAGGAAUCAUACGACGCUCCUGGGUCGGCGGAAUUGGUCAGUUCGUUCAGGAUUUUCCUAACUGUGCAGAGACCGGAUAUACGCAGGAAUACGUGACGCAGCAGUUCAUGCCGUGUGGCGUGGUGCAGUACGGAGAGGCCGUGUACGGAAAUAAUUUCUACUACACGCGGACAGCCGACAACUUCACCCGGACCAAGUAUGGCAAGACCCAUUUGAAUAAGGAUGGUUUGACCGAAAUCCAUCUCAACUAUAGGCUGGACAACUCAUUCAGCAACCACUACUACGAUCUGGACUUUGUGGUGAACGGCAUCGUGGCGAAGGCUAACAUAUGGGACAAUCCACCUUACCCGCCCUAUCCGAAACAUGCCGACAAAAUUUUCAGUAAGUCUCGAGCAUUUAGAAAACUGACAAUGGAGGUCUCCCAGCGUAUGUUCUCCGAAUUUGAAGGAAACUAGUGUCAAUCGAUCACAAAUUUAAUUAGGAUGAAAUUUGCUGC